UUUACGGCAAUCUUAUGAAAUUCAAAUGUCCAAAAAAGGUACAACUGAUAAGGCACGCGCGUUAUCACUAAAACUGCUGGUAGCAUAUAUUUAGCCCCGCCAAGUUCCAUUCGACGUUUAGUCAAUCGAUAACAUUCAAACAACUCCCAACACAAUGGAUCGCUGGGAGGGUAAGGUCGCCGUCGUAACCGGUGCCAGCUCGGGAAUCGGCGCGGCUACCGCCAAGGCACUGGCCAAUGCCGGCAUGACCGUGGUCGGGCUGGCACGCCGUUUGGAACGGGUCAAGGCGUUGAAGGACGAACUGGAGGGACCGGCGAGGGGUCGUCUGUACGCGGCCAAGUGCGACGUGUCGAAGGAGGAGGAAAUCGUUAAAACUUUUGCUUGGAUCGAGGAACAGUUUGGGGGCGUGGACGUGCUGGUGAACAACGCGGGGAUCUUCCGACACACCAAGUUGGUUGAAGCGGACAACUCGGAGAAGUUGCGGGAGGUGAUCGAUACCAAUGUGAUGGGACUGGUGUUCUGUACGCGGGAGGCGUUCCAGUCGAUGAAGAAGCGAUCGGUUGACGGACACAUUGUUCAUAUUAACAGCGUGGCAGGGCAUAAAGCAAGUUUACCCAACACGAACAUCUACGCGGCGUCCAAGUUUGCCGUUACGGCGCUCACGGAGACCAUGCGGUUGGAGUUUAAAACGGAGGGAACCAAGAUCAAAGUAACCAGUAUUAGCCCGGGUGCAGUUCGGACGGAGAUCCUUCCAGAGGCCAUCAUCAAUUCUGGAAUUCCAUUGUUGGAAGCCGAGGACAUUGCCGAAGCCGUGCUUUACGUCGUCGCAACGCCACCCCGGGUGCAAGUUCACGAGUUGACGAUUAAACCAGUAUGUGAAAGCUUUUAAUAGAAUCUGAGGUGUAUUGUAUUGAAUAAUAAUAAAAGACUACGUUGAAAUAU